CUACGCAAUAUAUAAUGUUUUCUCCAGGUUGAUGCUAUUCAACAACGCUUAUUAGAAAAUGUUGAUGGUGUAUUGGCUGUACACGAAUUUCAUGUAUGGCAAUUAGCUGGCGAUCGCAUUAUUGCUUCAGCGCAUAUAAGAUGCAGAAAUUUGUCGGAAUACAUGAAAAUUGCCGAACAAGUAAAAGAAUUUUUUCACAAUGAGGGCAUACAUUCUACUACUAUACAACCAGAAUUUAUUGACUACCAGUCAAAUAGUGAGAUUAAGGAAACACCAACAGAAGAUUGUGUGUUGGAUUGUCCAAAGACUGACAAGCCUUGUAAUCAUGCAACAUGUUGUGGUCCCUCUAAGCAGGGUCGUGAAACUCCUUCGCCAGGAGAAACACCAUACAUGUGCAGACAACGUAAUAGUCUCGCACGCUCAACUGGUUCUGUGAGAGGUACAGAACAACAAGAAGUAAAUGAAAUGGAACGUGGACAUUUGCUAUCGCUGCCUGUCUCGCAUAACUCCGUCCAACUUCCACAUUCUCAUGUUAAUACACCAGUUGUCUAAGUUAUCAUCGUAUUAUCAAUACCUACCUCUAUAACAAAAUCUGCGGCGCGUUACAAUGUUAUUAUAAAGAUUCAAUAAACUGAUAUACAUAAAUGUUUUAUUGGUAAUA